GCAUGAAGAUGGCCCACAGACCUCCUCAUGAGUACUUAGGCAACCAGCGAUUUGCGGGAGAGCUGAUGCCAACCCAAAGUUGUUGUUGGCAGCAUCAUUAUCUCCGAAGAUUUCGUUGUUUGGUUGUUGUGAUAGUACCGGGGUGAUAGCACACUCCAGCAAGAAGCAAGAAUCAUGCAAAGUCCCUCCAUGUUAGGAAAGGACUACGAAGUUAUGCGGAUUCCCUCGUUGGUGGAGAGUGGAUACGAGGUAGUCGACACAGCAACGAUGUCGCUUUCGCAGAGAAUGAUUGCAUGUCUCGACAACGACAAGAUGUCCGAUUUGCACCUCAUUGGCGAAGACGGGGUCAAGGUCCCUGCAUGCAAGUUUGUUCUAGGCAGUGCUAGUGCGAACCUGCAGACCCUUCUCUACAAUGGACAAGAGAAGUCGACUGUAAAUGUUCCCAAUUGCCGCUCCAAGACUUUGCGGGCUCUUGUGGAAUUCUCCUGCUCUGACAUGCUGAACACUACUAUUUGGAGUGACACCGAACCUGUGGAGAUCGUUGAAGACAUGAUUGCCCUCGCAAAGCUAGCUGAACAAUACACCCUGCCAAACUUGAAGCAGCAGGUGUCCGACGUCUUAGCUCCUUGCCUCGAGCAGCUGCCAUCGCUUGCAUGUGUGGCGUACAACCUGGUGGAUUCGAAAACGACUUUGGAGCUCCAUGCAGCCUCGUUGGAAGUUCUACGAAAAAAGCCAUACCAGGCCUUUGUCAAGGGCCCUGGAGGAGAAAUCGGAGGCAUCGCCUGCUUGAGCCCAGACAAGCUCGAUACCAUUUUCCGUGAUGAUGGAGUCAACGCCGAGGAGAUCUUUCUGUUCCAAUGCCUACAAGAAUGGAAGCUUGCCAACCAGGAAACCUAUUCAAACACCAACCAAAUCUGUCGUCUGGUUGCACAACAUCUGGACUUUUCUGCCAUGCAUGCUUCAGACAUUGAAGACAUCGUUUUGCCGUCAGGAAUUGUCGACUCUGGCAGUCUUGUUACUGGUCUGAUGACCCUUGCCAAGGCCGCAGAGAAGAAGGGCGUCUCGCUACGAUCUUCUCGAAGAAAGCAAGCAAGGAGCCAAAAGACUUCUGAGGCCAGUGUUAAAUCCGGCGGAACCAAGGGAGGUCGUGGACGUCGGUUCAAGAAACCCGAAACACCAUCGGUGGACUCGUAUCCGACAGCUUCGUCGUACCAUGAUGAAACAAGAGACGAGCCAGCCGCGGCCCCAGUUCGGGCUCCGACACCAGAAGUGGUAACAAAGCCACCCCUGCCCCCAACGCCUUCAAGUCACAGCAAGACGAUUCGAAGCCUCGGGGUGGCGCUCCGCGGACCGGCCAAAGCGUUCAAGUCAAGGGCCAAGUUCUUGGGAAACUUGACCUCGCUGCGAAGCAACAGUGUAAAGGAGGCUCCAUCAGAGGCCGAAACAGCCUCGGUGGUUGCACCAACGAAGUCUCCAUCCAAGACAAGUGCACCCGCAGAGGUAUCAGUUUCUGAUGUUUCAGCAGGAACUGGAACUGAGGAUAAGUCUGUUGAUGGAGAACAGCGGGUGAAAGAAUGCAUUUCUUCUGAGUAAUAUCACGGAGACGGAUGCAAAAAACAACUAUGGGUGCCUGCCUACCAAUAAUGCGCAGAAUUCACUGGCCGGAGGCUGGCUGCUUCCUUCCUUCCAGUAUUUACGCUUCAAGAGAGUCUUGAGUAUCCACUUUAUGUUUCCUGUUCAGGUCCAUGAAAACUACAGGCGCGCUACUCCUACAUCCAAACAUCAAGCAUCGCUCGUCCAGAACGCCAUUGACACCUUGGCACCAACCAGUAGCAGUCUAACACAUGCAUGUAAAACCAAACUUUUAUGAUAGCUAAGAACCUUGACUAACUGGUAGCUGCAGUCGUGGGC